AUGAUAGAUUCAGUACGAUUCUCAAUUAUUGAAAAUGAUUUAAAUCGAGAAGAGCAUGAGAGGAGUAUUGACGAUGAUUUGAGAAGUAUUUCAAGUGAGAGUAGUGGUGAAGGCAUUGCAAUAUCUUUUGCGUCCAAAGAGCGGUACUAUGAUGAAUGUGAAUUUUAUGACAUAGCCGAAAUUGAGUCGUGUAUUAAAGGAUUACAAAAUGCAGAAGAAAUUGAAAUGGCAAUUAAAGGCAAUAAUUACAAUUAUGUAUUUAGAAGCAUUGCUGAAUUGAAUGUAGGAAUAAUGCUUGCUGUUUGGUUAAGACAUGUGGAGUUUGCAGCAAUUCUCUUAAGACAAGGUGCUAAUCCAAAUAUUGUUGACAAAAUGGAUAGAUCACUGUUGCAUUAUGCAUGCAUUAAAGGUAAUGGGCCAAUAACAAGACUUUUGCUUCAUUUCAAGGCGAAUCCAAAUGUUUGGGAUAAACAUCAUAACGUCACACCUUUGCAUUACGCUUCAAUUACAGGGAGUCCAGAUUGCAUUAAUUUAUUAAUCAGAAAUGGAGCUCAAGUUAAUGCAGGAAUUGAAAACAAAUCAGCGUUAUUUUAUGCUGUACAAAAGAAUCAUAUUAAAUGUGUCAAUAUCUUAUUACAAUAUGGAGCUAAUCCAAAUAUUUCAUUUAUGAAUAAUGAAUCACCGUUACAUAUAGCAGCUGAAAUGGGAUAUGUUCAGUGUCUUAAAUCGUUACUGUCGCAUGGAGCUAAUGUUAACUCAAUCACAGGAAGUAAGCGCAAUGCUCCGCUUCAUUUAGCUGCAGAGGAUGAUUUUGUUGAAGGCGUAAAACUUUUAUUAGAUCAUGGAGCAAAUAUUAAUAUAAGAAAUGCUGAUCAGCAAACUCCAUUACACAUUGCAUGUCUUGCUCAAAGUGUAGAAACAGUAGAUAUCCUUAUUCAAUAUAAAGCAGAUAUUAAUUUAACAUAUCGUGACGGACGAACAGCUUUACAUGCAUCAAUUGUUAAAGAAACGAGUUCUUGGGACUGUACGAAAAUGCUCCUGGAUUGUAAAAUAGAAGUAAAUAAACCAGAUAAUUUUGGAUACACCUCUUUACAUCUUGCUGCUCUUAAUGAAUUUGGUGGUUGUGUAUUAAUGUUGAUUGAAUAUGGUGCUGAUAUCACUGCGAGAACUAAUGGUGGAGUUACUGCUUUAUCAUUCAUUGUACGAAGAACCCCGGAAGUUAUUCCUAAAUAUUUUUCUAAACUUGAUUCUUCGAUAAAAGUCAAUGAAAGUGAAAUUGGAGAUGUUGAUUGUGAAAUAAAACUAGAUUUUCGAUGUCUUGUGCCAAGUUAUGAAAAAGGAGAAACAGAACUCCUUAUCAAUUUCAUAGAAGUCGGGCAGAAACGAAUUCUUAAACAUCCAUUAUGUGAAACGUUUCUAUUUUUGAAAUGGAGACGGAUUAGAAAGUACUUUUUAUUCAGCCUCUUUUAUCAUUCAGCCUUUGUCCUGUUAUUUACUAUCUAUGCUCUUGGAAUUUUUGUAAAUCACUGCCCACCAAACUGUGAAAGUGAUGUGUAUUUAAAUAAUUUUACGAUAGUUGGAUAUGUGACGCUAUUCUUAAAUUUUACAAUUUUGGCAAAAGAAAUUUUUCAACUUUUUCAUGGAUUUUCAACAUACUUGCGAAGCUGGGAAAAUUGGUUGCAAUGGAGCAUCAUUCUGGGAGUAUUUUUAUGUGCUUGUCCACACAUGCACAGAGACUACAGAGAGGAAAAUACCAUUGAUCAUUGGGAAUAUCAUGUAGCCGGAAUUGUUAUAUUUCUUGUGUGGCUUGAACUUAUGAUGAUAGUCGGAAGAUUUCCUAUUUUCGGGCUCUAUGUUCAAAUGUUUACCAAAGUUGCUGCAAACUUCUUUAAAUUUCUUAUGGCAUAUAGUUGUCUUAUUAUUGCAUUUGCAUUGAGCUUUUGUAUCCUUUUCCCAAACUUUAAUGCGUUUCAUAAUGUACCACAAUCUAUAUUGAAAACCUUUGUCAUGAUGAUUGGUGAAUUAGAAUUUGAGGACAUGUUUCAUCCAGAAUUAAAUGAAGAAAGCAAAAACAUUAUUUUACAUCCCGUAACGGCUCACAUAGUAUUUUUCAUAUUUUUAAUGCUUGUGACUGUCAUUUUAAUGAACCUUCUUGUUGGAUUAGCAGUUAGUGAUAUUCAAGGAUUGCAAGCGUCGGCUGGUUUAAACAGAUUGAGUAGACAAGCAGAAUUAGUAUCAAGACUAGAAGGUUUAUUGUUUUCUAAAAUUUUAUCAAAAUUUCCUUCAAAGUUAUUAAAUUUUUUAAGACGCGAAGCUUUAUUAAGAACAUCUCGAUAUAAUUUGCAACUGAAUAUUAGACCAAAUGACCCACGUGAAAAAACAAUCCCGAAAGAUAUUAUGGCUUCAAUAUAUCGCUUAGUAGCAGAAAGAAGAGAUCGAAAUCAAAGUCUUAAGAGGAAACGAAACGCAAAAAAUUUGAAUAUUUUUAAGGACUCUAUUGAAGAGAUUCAAUUACGACGACCGGAAAUGAAUAGAGCUCAGAGUUUUCGAAAAAGAACUGCUUCAGAUCAGUUAACAAUGCCAAAAAGUUCUAAGUCACAAGUUCAAAAUGAUAGAGAUAGUAUAGGAAUUUUAAAGAAAACAAAUGAAAUAUUUAUAGUAAAUGUUAAAAAUCAAUUAAGUGAUUUAAACUUAAAAAUAGAUAGUAUGAAUAAGAAGAUUGAAGAAAUGUCAAAAGUCAUUUUAACAAAACAUGAAUUAAAUGCUUAACUUACCAAUAAAUCACACGUAAAUUUU